CGGGCGGGGACGGCGCAUCCCGGCAGGGACGGCACGGGGAAGGGGCGGGGGGUCCCGGAGUGACCCGGGAGGUCCCUGUGCGGGUUGGCACGGGGGCUCCAGGGGGAGUACGGGCUGGCACGGGAGCUCCCGGGGGAGUACGGGCUGUCCCAGAGCCGCGGGGGCCCCGGUGCUGGGGCACGGGUUGGGCCGGGGCGUCCCAGAGCUCCUGCGGGUCCCGGUGCCCUGGGGAAAUGGGCCGGUUCGGGGGAUCCCAGUGCGGGGAGCACGGGCUGCGCGGGGCUUUGUCGGAGCCCCGGGGGUUCCCGGUGCUCCGGAAGGUCCCGGCGCGGAAGGUGCCGCUGUCCCAGGGGUGCCAGCGCGGGGGCGGACGGGUGAAGGUUGCUCCGGUCGCUCCCGGUGCGAGGUCGUCCCAGGCGCUUCCGAUGGGACUUUCUGGGAGUUUACUGGGAGAAAGUUGCCCUCAGCAUGCGUUGGAGAUUUCCUGUGCUCCCGCCUGGGGUUUCCCCAUAGCUGAGGGAGGAAUAUGGAGUGUGGAUGGGGGUGUUUGUGCCAAGCUGCUCUCACUCGUUUUGCCACCUCUCCCAGUCCCUUCGCUGUGCCGGUGUCCCCUAGUGCCUCCCCCUCCCCCAGUGACCACUGGGCCUUUCUGGGUGUUCAUCCCGGGCCCUCCCUUCCAACGCUUUCGCCCAGCCAGGGAUGGCAGGCACAGGGACGAGACACCCCCCUGCCAUCCCGCGGCGGGUCCCCAGGGAUCCGUCUCCACACUGGGACCCCCAAAGGGUCCGUACGCCCCCCCUGGGGCCCACACUAUUUGGUGGGGGCAGGCAGGGGUUUAGGGGGUCACUGAACUGUGGUGUCCCUGCUGGUGAGGGCUUGAGGGACCCCCGAGCCUGGUCUAUACCCUGGGGUCACAUUUCCCCCAGGAACUGCCUCCCAAUUUGCAGGAGGAAGAUGCUCCCAGACGUGGCCAGCUGCAGCGACGAGCUUUGUCAUGGUCAAGGGGGCUGCGCGGCUCCUGCCUGCGGAGGAGCCUCCCCCGGCCGAGCCCCCCCCGGCUGAGCCCCCCUGCCAGGCCCCGGGACAGCAGGAGCAGCACCUGCACCUCAUGAUGCAGCUGCUGCGCCCCCAGGACGCCAUUCGGCUGGCGGUGCGGCUGGAGUCGGCGCGGCCACAGCGGGUGCGGUACCUGCUGCUGGUGCGGCCGGAGGAGGCGGGAGCCGAGGCGGAGACGGCGCUGCUGGGAGUGGAUUUUGCCCACGAGGGGGCCACCCGCUGCACGCUGGGCAUGGUGCUGCCCCUCUGGAGCGACACCCAGGUGUUCCUCGACGGCGAUGGGGGGUUCAGCGUGACGUCAGGGGGAGAGACACGCAUCUUCAAGCCCAUCUCUGUGCAGACCAUGUGGGCCGCGUUGCAGGAGCUGCACCGUGCCUGCGAGGACGCGGCCCGCGGCGGGCACAUCCCCGGUGGCCCCGCGCUGGCCUGGGCCCGUGGCUACGCGGCAGCGCUGGGCUCCGAGCAAAGCUGCCUCAACGAGUGGCUGGCCAUGGCCGACCUCGAGUCCGUGCGCCCCGCCUCGCCCACGCCCCUCCGGCCGGCUGUGCCGGAGCUGUCAGAGCAGACAGUGCGAGCGCUGCUGCGGGAGGUGAUGGCCACCGCUGACCUGGAGAAUGUCACGUCCAAGGAGGUGCGGGAGGAGCUGGAGCGGCGCACGGGGCACAGCCUGGCCGAGCACAAGGACUUCAUUGACAACGAGAUGCUGCUGGUGCUGGCGCAGAUGGAUCGGCCUUCCCGUGUCUUCCCGCACCUCUUCCUGGGCUCCGAGUGGAACGCAGCCAACCUGGAGGAGCUGCAGCAGAAUAGGGUCACCCACAUCCUGAACGUGGCACGAGAGAUUGACAACUUCUUCCCGGCGCUGUUCACGUACAUGAACGUGCGGGUCUACGACGAGGAGGCGGCUGAGCUCCUGCCCCACUGGAAUGACACCUUCCUCUUCCUCUCCCGUGUCCGGGCGGCGGGAGGCCGGGCGCUGGUGCACUGCCGCAUGGGGCUGAGCCGCUCGGCCGCCACGGUGCUGGCCUACGCCAUGAAGGAGUUUGGGUGGCCCCUGGAGCGGGCGCUGCGGCACGUCCGGCACUGCCGGCCCGGCAUCCUGCCCAACCCCGGCUUCAUGCGCCAGCUCGACUUCUACCAGGGCAUCCUGAGCGCCAGCCGGCACAGCAGCCUGUGGGAGCCCCGGGGGGCCGAGCAGGCGCCGCACCCUGAGGAGGACACUGCGAGGGACAUGAGUGGCCUGUCCCCGCUGUCCUCCCCGCUGGCGUCCCCGCAGCCCUCCGAGGAGGAGGUAGCCGGUGGGGGGCUGCUGGGGGCCUCCCGGCGCCCCCGCAUCUCCCUGUGCUCUGUCAUGCGGAGCAUCAGCCUGCUGGAGACACCCGAGCCCCUCGAGCUGCUGGGGGAGCCCCUGGCCGGGGAGGUGUUUGAGGCCAUGGAGGAAGCAGAGGGUCCCUCUCCGAGGUCACGACCCUCGUCCCGCCCGCGCCGCGUGGUGCGCCAGGCCAGUCUGGAUGAUGGCCCCGCCCCGUUUUGCGACCACACCCAUAGUGAUGGCCACACCCAUGCACCUGGCCACGCCCACACAGGUGAACCCACGCCUUGAUUUGGGGGGCAUGGGACUGCACCUUCUCACUGCCAUAGCAACAAUGGGCUGGGCGCGGCCUAAGACUGGGGGCGUGACCAGCGAGCUGCCACGCCACGCCCACACCCUGGGGCUGGUACCUUCCUCUGCUCCAGCCCCACAUGCACAAACACCGACACCGCUCCUGUACUGGCAAUAAAGUGUGGAAAUGACA